CGCGGCCCACGGUUCACCCACACCCAGCCUGCGCCUUGUGCUGCGCGCGGGGGGAACCGGAGCAGCUCCGCAGUGGAUCCCACGCAGGACAUUGUGUUGUUGAUGCGGCUGUUUGUGGAGUUCUGAGCGGCCUCAGCAGCCCGGAGUCAUCCCCCUCUCGUCCUCAUCACUGCAGGCUGCUGCUGGCAUCAUCCAUGUAGGGUCAUUGUGGACGGGAGUUGUUUACUAAGCAUCAUCUGAUUGAAGAAAACAUCUGACUGCUGUCAUGAGCAGCACUGUGUUUCAACAGCAGGCUGUACACAGCACUCUGGAGCAACAGAAGAUGAAACAGGAAGGAGGUGGUGCCGUCGCCUGUCACAACUGUGGGAAUCCCUGUAAGGGGGAGGCUCUCCGUGUUCAGAACAAACACUUUCACAUAAAGUGUUUUGUCUGCAAACUAUGUGAUUGUGAACUUGCCCAAGGAGGUUUCUUUGUGCGCCAAGGUGAAUACAUCUGUACUCUGGACUACCAGAGGCUGUACGGGACUCGCUGCUUCAGCUGCCAGGACUUCAUUGAGGGGGAGGUGGUGUCAGCUCUGGGGAAGACCUAUCAUCCCCGUUGCUUUGUCUGCGCCUCAUGCAAGCAGCCAUUCCCAGCUGGUGAUCGGGUGACAUUUAAUGGAAAAGAGUGUAUCUGCCAGAAGUGUACCCAACCUCUGCCUGCCAACAGCCCAGCACCCAUCCAGGCUGUCCACAACUGUUGUGGUUGUGGGAAGGAGUUCAAGAAUGAACAGUCUCUUGUUGCUCUGGACAAACACUGGCACUUGGGCUGCUUCAAGUGUAAAGUGUGCAACAAGGUGCUCAAUGCUGAGUACAUAAGCAAAGAUGGGAUCCCCUACUGUGAGAUGGAUUACCAUGCUAUGUUUGGCAUCCAGUGCGAGAGCUGUAAGAAGUACAUCACUGGGAAGGUUCUGGAGGCUGGAGAGAAGCAUUACCACCCCACAUGUGCCCGAUGCGCUCGCUGUGAGCAGAUGUUUGGAGAAGGAGAAGAAAUGUAUCUGCAAGGAUCAUCUAUCUGGCAUCCCCCAUGCAGACAAGCUGCCAAGCAGGAGGAGAAAAGCAAGAAGCAGGUCCGGAUACAGCUCAGUGAUGCCCCUAAUAAACAGGUAACUCGGAUUUCCUCUGAGAGCAUCACUUCAGUUCCUGCAUCCAGUGCCUCUGGCUCGCCCAGCAGAGUCAUCUAUGCCAAACUAGGAGAGGAGAUGCUGGACUAUAAGCACCUGGCAGCACUUCCAAAGACAAAGGCUAUCUAUAACAUCGACAGGCCUGACAUGCUUUCCUACUCUCCCUAUAUCAGCUACCCAUCUGAGGAGAGGCACUAUGGAGAGGGUGAUGGGGAGAAGUCACCCCGUCAGCGGAGGCCCUCAAGCCCCAGUUCCAACAGCUCUCUGGGGGGGUAUGGACGGUACACCCCGUCCCGUUCCCCUCAGAACUACAGCAGACCAGGACCAGAAGUACACAUGGGUGCUAAAUACAGCAGCCUGGCCCGUGAUUCCAGUUCCCUCCUUUCACCUAAACCUUUCCUGGGUUGUGUAAGGAACCCCUCCACCUUGGCAAGGGAUACCUCCUCCCUCCCUGCACACUGCUCUGGCAGGGCUGAAGGGAGUGUGGGUGCUGUAGGCAUUGGCAAGUACUCACCAACACCACUAAGUGGCAGUGCAAGCUUGUCUUUACAGCUGAACCCUACAACCCUGGCAAUGCUCCAGCAGCACAACUACAUCCCUUAUUUCAGAGGGUUCAAACAGGACCCCGUUCCCGGUCCUAAGCCUAGGACAUCCCUGCAUCUCAAUUUACCACCUCCCAACGGUAGUGAAAGCGGUCGGAGUACUCCGAGUUUAUCCACCUACUCUGAUGGCAAAUCUCCCUCAUCUACUUCGACAUAUGUGGCUGCUCCCCGGCAUUUCCACAUACCAGAGGCUACGGUCAAAGAUAAUAUCUAUAGAAAACCCCCCAUCUACAAACAGCUUGCUUCUAGAACAUCCUGGCAGGAGGGUGAUGAUAGUAAGAGAACAAGUUGGAUAAUCUUGAAAAGUGAGACUGACGGUGAGAUAGCUCCAGAAGACCUGAAUCCCUGUAAAUCCACAUGCAGUCUCCCCAUGGACACGUCUCAGCCAAAUUUCCCCUACAAUAAAUCUGCAUCAUUACCCGGCUAUGGAAGGAAUGGCAUCUAUAAGGCUGCUGAUAUGGUGGAGGAUGACGUGGACCCUGACUCCCACAGCUGGGGAGGCAUGAGAGAUUACAAGAUCUACCCCUAUGAAAUACUAGCAGUGACACAUAAAGUGAAAGUGAAGCUUCCCAGAGAUGUAGAUCGCACCAGACUGGAGAGGCAUUUAUCUCCAGACGAGUUUCAGCAGGUUUUUGGAAUGACACUGGAACAGUUUGACCGGAUGGCCCUGUGGAAGAGGAACGACAUGAAGAAGAAGGCCCGUCUGUUUUAGACCAUCAUUAAAUAAUCGCUGCAACAACUGCAAUCCUUAAGGAAGCAAAAGAUAACGCCUAAAAUAUCAGUAUGCACCUCCUCAGACUCUCCGCUUGUACAUCUCCAUGUAUUCUGCCUGUGCAGCUACAUAGAGGCGCCUUGUGUUUUCACAUAAUCAGGGGCAGUAAUAGUAUGAGUAGCUUUUUGUAUGUAGUUCGGUGCGAAUGUUUGAUUAAAAAUCCCACAGAGGAGAUGUAUUUGCAUGGUUUGUGUUUUUCUCCUUGCUUCCUGUGAAGUUCUGUAUCCUCCCCGGUUUUCUCCUGGUGCUUCCAUAAAUUCUGAUUUAAAAAAAAAUAAAGAACUGCUCUUUCUCGUUCUAGUUGCAGACUUUCCCCCAGACUUUCUGUGGUUCUGGUUGUUUUAUGUGCACCAAAAUUUACAUUUUCAAACAUGAGCCGUCUUGUUUUUCUGCCUGUUGUUUGUCCUCUCUCUGUUCAUCUUGUCUCCUAUUUCAACAUGUUUUUGCUGCAAUGCCCUUUUCUGUCUCUUUGUCCUCUGCCUCCUAACUCACUAGCUGCUUCUCCAUUAACCACAUAAUCACACAAUUUGACAUUUUGAAAAUAAAUUUGCUUAAUCAAAACAAACUAGUUUUGAAAACCAGAAUAAAUAUGCAAAACUGCAAUGGAAACACUUUUUUCACAACACAUGAUCAUGAACAUCAUGUUGCUGUUGACCCAAACCAUGAAGAAGACAACAGGAAGUAGUUGGUUGGAGUAUUAUGGCGAAGCAUGUUUUUAGUGACUUUUUGCGUGAGCAAACAUAUUCACGUGUGAUUUAGUUGUGUUUCUUAUUUAAUGGAAAUACUGCAAUUGUUAAAUUGAGUUUUUUCAACAUUAGUGUAAUAUCAAGAGUUUUGCAUAAAAACAGUUUUUACAUGAAGCCACAGCUCUGCUCUGUGACUAGGAGAAAAUGCUUGCAUAGUUUUACAUAGUUUUGUACAUUGACAAACAAGUUGAUUUGGUUUACACCAUUGCCAUUACCUUUAGGCUUAGAAGACAAAGACAAAGUUAAAAACUGUCUGCGGUGAUGUUGUACUUCUUCAGUAUCAUAUGCUUCUAUUUUUCAUUUUACCUAAUCUUCUACAAGUCUGAGAGCUUGAAUGGUUCUGAUGCAUGCUCAGAACAUUUCCAAGUUUCUUCUCUUUCAAGUUUCUUUCUAAACCUUCAACAGGAAGGAAGUGGAUAGCAACCACAUGAGUCAGGAAAUGGUCACAUGACCAGAAAUAUUUUAAUAAGCUACUUUUGGAAGGAUCUUUGAACUUGUAUUGAGGUGGAGUUGAAGUAAUUUUAAUUUGGAUUGAUUUAAAACCCAACACUCUGAUACUCUGAUGUUGUAUUGUGUCCUCAGCUGGUUUUACAUGAAUUCCUGCAUAGUCAAACUUCUACAUUUUAAAUGAAUGCUAUCAGCUUGCUUGAUUUUAGUGGGCUAUCAACUAAGGUCACCAUCAGGUCAUAUACAGAAUAUAUGUUUAAAUAAACUGGACAUAUACCAGAGUUAUCUGUCUGUAUACAAGCCUGGGUGUAUCUUUAAGCAUACAUGAGGAUGGGAAAGUGAGGUUUCUCUACUGACCUCGUAUUAGAAAGGUAUGAAAUCAUCAGUGUUUGAAUAUUUUAUAGUCAUAUGAAAUGCCUGAAUUCACUGUUUACUUUUGCUUCUGCAAGGUAUUUAUUUAAAUGCGACUUUAUGGAAGUUAUAUUAUUUUUAAAUGAUUAGGGUGUAGUGUCAAAUGUAUAAGCAUCACAUGAUAAAGCUGAUGACAUUUUGAGUUUCAUGUUAAUGUAUGAUCAAAUGUUUCUCCUGUAGAUCACACUAACUCCUGUCAUUAUCUUAACACUGAAUCUCUAAUAUCCAUCUGCUAUUAAAGUGCUUUAACCAGA